AUGGGCGCACCUCUGUGUCUCGAAUUUAGCAAGAUUUUCGACCGCACUCCCCCUUCGAUUUGUCAUUAUUUUGCACUUUUCCUUGCUUCGAUGACGAGAUUCUCAACCCCAACAUUACAAACUUGCCUAGCAAAAGUCCACCAACCACUUUACUACACCUCCCCUGAUGGCCGGAAAUUCUUUAUCAAACAUGGAGAAGGUGUCACCAUGGCUGAGGCGCGGACACAGCUCUAUUUCUUCAACCAGAUUGCUGCCCGUCCUGACAUCACGAUCCGCAUCCCUGAGAUCUACCAUGCCCGUAUUUCCCGGGGCUACGAAAGAUAUAUCGUGAUGGAGUACAUUGAUGUCCACGGCUUUGCUUCCCUUGAGCAGAGAGCGAGAGCAAUUACGGACCUCGUAAACAUCGAGCCUCCUCAUGGUGCGACACCUGGGCCGAUUGGUGGUGGCCGGAUAAACACCCCUUUUUUAAAUGGUUUGAAUCUGCUAUCGAAUACUCAUCUCCAUGACAAAUCCGUCUGCUACUACUCCGACAUUGAUAGGCAGAACUUUCCUGUUGAUGGGCAGGGACAAGUCUGGGUCGUGGAUUUUGAGCAGGCUGGUGUAUUGCCGGAGAGCUUCAUGAGCUUUGCUCUCGAUAUGAAGUUCAAAGACCCACUGCCACCAUCCACGUAUCGAAAGGAUAUCCCCAUUGAGAGGACCAAAAAUCUGAGGCCAAUGGUUAGGGCUUAUCGGAUCUUGCAGAAGGCUGUCGAUGAGUUUGGUAAGUACAAGACUUACUUCCCUACUCCAUGA